CUGAAGAUCUUUCUCACCGCCCCUUUGUCUGCUUCCCGUUUUUAAAAAAACUUCUUUUAGAGGAAACAAUCUCAGCCUGAAACAAGCCCUGUGUGCCUCUGAGAAAAAUUAAGCACCUGUGGAAGCAAGCGAAAGAACUGGAGAGACCAAAGAACUGCACUUUCCACAGGACUGGGCAAGUAAGCGAUCUUUCCCUCCCUCCACAAUGGUUCUUUGGCUCCUUUUGAUUUUCCUGAGGGCAGAAGACACCAGAGCGCAAGAUCUUGGUUUCCAGGCCUGUAAAACUGAUGGCAUGAAAGUGCUGGAAGUGCUGCCAGGGGGUGGCUGGGACAAUUUGCGCAAUGUGGAGAUGGGACAAGUGAUGAGCCUCAAUUAUUCCUUGUGCCGCACCACCGAAGAUGGUGAAUACCUCAUUCCUAAUGAUGUCUUUGUGGUGCCCCAGAAGAAGAGCACGGUGGAAGUGCACUCAGAGCUUAUUGACGACUGGAUGGUGUAUACAGAUGCCUUUUCUCAGUCCAUCAACGCUGAGGCUUCCUUCCUUUCUGUGCUUAAUGGAAAGUUCUCAGAGAGUUCCCAGAAGACCAAGAUGCACAAUGUUUAUGAUGAAACUAUCACCACACGGGUGCAGGCACGGUACCACAUCUACUCUGUGAAAGCUCGUCCAUCCUUCACCUUCCAGAAGGACUUCCUCCACCAACUCGUGAGCAUUGGCAACCAGCUGGAGAACAACCAGAGCCAAGUUGCUGAGUACUUAGCAGAGAUGCUUGUUCUCAACUAUGGCACACAUGUCCUCACAGAUUUGGAAGGGGGAGCCAGCUUAAUACAAGAGGACCAGGUGAAGCGCAGUUUUGUGAUGGAUAAAGAGACCGAGAAAGGAGGAGUCACUGCUUCAGCAUCUGUCACGUUUUUUAGCAAGAUCAAUGAAGGAAUCGGUGGCUCCGUGCAAAUCCAAGAUGAGCUGACUAAGGGCUAUAUACAGAACACUGUGGAUUCUAAGAUAGAAGGCUGGGGCAGUGUGCCCUUCUACCCUGGCAUCACCCUCCAGAAGUGGCAGGAGGGCAUCCCCAACCAAUUAGUGGCUAUAGGCAAAUCUGGGCUGCCUCUGCCCUUUUUCAUCACCCCUGAGGCCUUGCCAGAACUGCCAGAACCUACCAUAAAGCAAGUGGCCAGUGUGGUAGAAAAUGCUAUCCGCCUCUAUUAUGCUGUCAACACGCAUCCAGGCUGCGUCAAACCUGAUUCUAGCAAUUUCAACUUCCAAGCUAAUGUAGAUGAUGGGUCUUGCCAGAACCCCAACACUAACUUCACUUUUGGUGGAGUCUUCCAGGAAUGCCGUGGUGUGUCUGGCAGGAACACAGAAGAGCUUUGCCUGGCUUACCGAAUCCAGAAUCCACUGACAGGUAGCUAUUCCUGUCCAGUUAACUUUUCUGCUGUAUUGCUGCAUGGAGAGGAACGUACAACUAGCAAACCCCAAACAGAGUGCCACAACGAGUGUCAUUCCUGUUGGCUAUUUUUUAGCUGCUGCAAAACUGUGUGUGGUAGCCGCUACUAUGCCAGCACAGUGCAGUUCAAUGCCUACUGGUGUGCUGCUACAGAAACAGUGCCUCAGGGCUCAGGUGUCCUUUUUGGAGGGCUGUAUAGUUCUGGACAGGAGAACCCAGUGUCCAGGACCUAUGCCUGUCCAUCCUACUUCUUUCCACUGGUUCUGUUUAACAAUCUAAAGGUGUGCAUCAGCAGUGACUAUGAGAUGGGAUCUCGCUUUGCAGUGCCCUUUGGUGGCUUUUUUAGUUGCCAGACUGGCAACCCACUGGCUGGUUUACUAAAAGGACAGAGCCCUGGGAUCCUUCAGGACUUUUUCUACCAGGACUCCCCUACCAAAUACCCCAUGAAAUGUCCAGCUGGAUACAGCCAGCACAAGGCCUUUUUAAGUGAUGGCUGCCAAAUCCUUUAUUGCUUGCAGGCUGGGACACUUUUUGGCCAGCAGUUAGCUCCUGUCAAGCUGCCACCCUUCAUCCGGGCGCCAUCCUCCAAUUCUAGCCUUCCUGAAACCAUCUUGGUGAGCUCUGACACCAGCCAGGCCUGGGUGAAAACACAACAGAGUGGGAGGUGGAGACUGGCCAAUUCCACUGAUGAAAAAGAGAUGGCCCUUCUUUUCCAGGGACAGUUGCGUUCAGGACCAACUGGAGGCACCAUUGCUGGAAUCUCAGUGGCAGUGAUUGCUGUUUUGGCAACAGCCUUUGCUAUAGUUGUUUACAGGAUCUGGCGUAACAAGAAUCGAGGAUAUCAGGAAAUGCCAAACACACAUACAGUAGAAGACCAAAGCAGCUAUGGAGCCACCACAUCUUCUCCACAACUCAGUGCUGCCUGAGGCUACUUUUGUUCCCAGAUGCCUGAAACAAAGAUUAAUAUUUUCCAGGAGGUGGUGGUGGAGUAUGAGCCCAGGAUGUGUGUAGAGUGGUAACUGCUGGUAGUGGUGGUGGGAGUCUAAUUGCAACUUUGUAUAAAUAGUAUAAAUUGUAACUUUGCUGGUAUGGAAACCAAUGCUUAAAUAAUUUGGGCAGAAUAAUAAUUGGUUCUGGUGGGUUUUCCGGGCUGUGUGGCCGUGGUCUGGUGAAUCUUGUUCCUAAGCCUUCGACAAUACAUAGAAUAAUAACUGUUUAAGAGCAGGCUGUUUGCAUAUUGUUAGGCAAAUACAUGUGAAAUUCGCAAUCAGUGUGGAAAUAAGAUAGUAGUAGCUACAGAUGUACAUGGGAGGGAGAGGGAAUUAAACUUAUUUUGCAGUGAGAAGAACUUCAGAUAAUGGCAAUAAGUGAUUUGGGAGCAAUCCUGCUUUUACAAUUGCAAAGGUCUAAAUCUUGGUGGGCGGGGGGGGGGAGCAGGAAUAGGCAAAGUGGGGUGUGAUGCAGAUAGGCUCUCUAAUGGCAUGAUAAUGUCUGUCACUUUCUGCUUUGUUUAUAAACUCUUAACUGAUACUUCACAGAAUGGGUAGAAACAAUAUUCCUUGGCAGUCAGUUGGUGCCUCUUUUAUAUCUGAUGCAAUAAACUGUUGUUUUAUACUUUUA